AUGGGCAAAAGAAAAAUUUCCAGUGUUUGGUCCUAUUAUACUAGAAGUGCUGAUAAAACGCUAGCUAAAUGUAAGGAAUGUAAAAAGGAAUACAAAACCAGUGGUAAUACAAGCAAUCUUCAAGACCAUCUUAAAAGAAUGCACCCGGAAAUACAAAAUGCUAUAGUUGAGCCAAGUGAUGACGAUCCUGAACGAGUAAGUAGUCAUUCAAUAGCGAAACAUUUUAAAAAACAAAACGUUUAUGACCGUGACAGCCACCAUAAAAACGAAAUUGAUAAGGCAUUGAUGCUAAUGGUUUGCAAAGACUUCCAACCAUUUUCAAUUGUUGAAGAUACUGGAUUUAAAAAUUUUGUAAAAAUUCUCGAUCCAAGGUAUGAAUUACCAAGUAGAACCAAAUUAAGAGACUCUCUGUUAAGCGAGAACUACAAAAUAUGUAGAAAUAAAUUGUUUGCUCUGAUUAAAAAUGUUUGUCAUGUAAGUUUGACAUGUGAUUUAUGGUCUUCCAGAGCAAAUGAAUAUUUUUAA